UGGAAAGUUCAGAAUAAAAAGUAAAAAUAAGGGGAAAAGGCGAUCAGCGAUCGUUUAUCAUUUUUCCCUCAGACUCGGGACAUUGUCAGUUAUUUAGCAGGCAGAUAAUUAAAUCCAGUAAUACGUGGAUCAGCGAAAUUUGGGAGGGAUUGGGGGGAGGUAUGAGUGGGGAGAGUCACCAGAAAGGAAUUCUCGAGUGAUAAUAAGGUGAUGAGUCAACCCAGGUCUUUGCUGUAAAAAAACUGGCUGUCAUCGCCCCCGAAUCGCGGAAAUAGUAUUGAACGUGUGGGUGGAGGGUUGUAAUAAAAAAAAGUAGGAAAGAUGUCAAGUGUCAACAAUUUGGAGCAACAAAUAGCUAAUCUGCAGAUUGAACAUGGAAGUCCCCAAAAUCCGGGAAAAAGUGGGAAGAAAGUGGGCCCUGCUGUCCCCCCAAAACCGAAGAAGUCACAGCCUCAGGUUCCUCAGAGUUAUACAAUUAAAGCAGCGACGACUCCAUCCUACAGUACAGUCUUAAACAAUUCUGGGACUGCAGAAAAGACCACAAAUCUCUACGCCAACUCGCCAACUCCAUUUUCAGCCCCACCAGAGAAGAAUGUAUUCUCAAGAUCUCACGGGUCCACUGAUAAAUUCUACAAGAAUGAUAACAACUUUUACCAGAACAGCGACCACUUUGCUACAAGUGUGAGGAUUGCGGUCUCGUUCUCUCGUCUGAUGCCGAAGGCUCUGGGUGCUAUCCACUUGAUGAUCAUGUUCUAUGCAAAAGCUGCAAUGCCAAGAGAGUCCAGGCUCUCACUUCCCACAUGAUUACGGAAUUGUAAUUUCUGGGGAUGAAGAAGAUUGGAGAACGCUAAUUGUGAGAUUAAGGAAUUUUUUUUAUCAAGUCAAUGGUCAAUAGAUUAUUCCAUAACUAGUGAUUAUCUAUUCCUCAAUUCGUUUAAAAUUUAAAAUCAUAAGAAACACUUUUUUAAUAUUUCUUUUUAUAAGUAGCUUUGAAAAAAUGUGCAUUGAGUAUAAAUGCAAAAUAAAACAGACGGAUAAACAAAAAUUU